AUGUCUAACCGCAUCUCCAAGCAGCCCCGCACUUCUACACAACGCCGCAAGGACGUCAUAAGUCGUAUUGAAGCGAUAGGAAUCCAGCUACUCGACAUGGGUCGAUGCACUCCUUGCCAACAAAGCGGUUCGCUUUGUUUCGUUCUGAAGGGCUACUCGAAAUGCUCUUCUUGUACCAAGAAAGGUAUUCGCAGUUGCGAUGGGAAUUUUUCGACGGAGGAGUUUGAUGCCAUCGAAUCUCAGAAGGAGCGCUUGCGUCAAGAAGCUCAGUUGAAGCGUCAGGAAGUUGGUCGGCUGGCUUCUGCGGCAGCCGCCGCUUAUGCUGCCCUCGCGAAGGCCCAGCAGGAGGAGGUCGACCUUUCCUCCAAAAUUGAUCGAUACACCGAGACACAGUCCCGAAUGCUUCGUCAGGAGUUGAGGGCUUUGGACGAUUUGGAUGAGGCGGAGGGUCAGCAAGUUGCGGUUAAUGAUUUCCCGUGGGAGGAUUUUGGUGAUCCGAGUUGGGAGGCUGUUUUGAGGGGGGACCCUUCUGUGCCCGUUGGUGGUACUGGUCCAGCAUCCACUUAG